AGAUAUUAUUAUGGCAACACUACACCUGUGAACUGUCACUGUCAAUGUCACAUUUACUUUAGUCAUGUCAUGUCACUUGUUUGUGAAAUAGUUGCUUACGGAAAGGAAUAUAAGCAUAAAACAGCAAUAUUUUACACUAUUAUUUCAAAGAGAUAACCCAAAUCGAUGAAAAAAUGCCAUCAACAAAAACGGAAGCACUAAAAGAAACUGUGACGGUGUUAAUAAAUGCUAUAGGAGAUAAGGAGAACUCAGUCAACAACGUUGUCAUAAAGUCCCUCACGAAGAUAGCGAAUAACUACCCGAAUGAAGUGAUAGAAAUAUUUUGUGAUUAUUAUAAGAACGCGACAUUCGUCACUGGUACACAUUUGGGAAAUGUUGUAAAAGUCCUGGAGCAAACAUGUGUGAACCAAGUGAAGCGGCUGGACAAGGCCAUAGCAGAAGAGUUGACAAGCAACAUGCUCCGCAUUAUGACAGAAAACUCGGAACCGGAUCCUGCUGUGCAGAUGGGGGCGUCAGCAGUGCUGGUUGCGAUUGGACAUGAAUAUCUGGACUUGGUCCUCCGCUCGCUCAUAAACCAGCUUCCAGCAUCGUCCGUGCCUCACUACACGAUCGCACACACGCUGGGCACGUUGGCGGCGGUCAACACUCGUGCAACAGUGCCACAUGUUAAAGAAGUGCUGUCCAAGAUGCUGCCCCUGCUUCCGCUGCUGCGUCAGAACGCCAAUAAACAGGCCUUUGCUUACGCAUUCGGCCACUUCGCGGUCGCCGUAUCAGAGCAGAUCGGCGACAACGUCGAAAACGACAACAUAACCUCCAUCAAAGACAACUUUGUCACCGAAUUCUGUCUGAUAUUCGACGUCUUAUACAACCAAUGGCUGCCUUCUAACGAGCCUAGAGUCGCCGAGUCCGUACUGGAGGCUUUAGGCCCCAUCACUAGACUCAUAUCUGAAAGACAGUUUAAUGAUACUGUCAAUAAAUUCAUGCUUUCAUUACUCAGUCUUUACAGAAGGCCGCAACUGAAUCUAUACUACGUCAGUCAAUGUAUAUCGUACUUACUCACACCUUCGCCUCUCAACCCGAAAUUAACUUUGCAAGACAGCGUAAUAAACUCAAUAAAUCAUGUCCUUUUCAAUUUAGUUCUCUUAGAACCUGAUUAUGAUCAGCCGCAUACAGUGAAAAACCAUUUCGAAGUACUACGUUGCUUCGAUCAUAUGACCACGCAGUUUUCUGACCAAACUGUCGAAGGGCUUUUACACCAGUGUAAGAAUAAUCAGGAAAAAGACAGAAUGAAAGCUGUCAUCGUUCUCACUCAUCUGAUCACGUCUUCACAGAUAUUUAUUGAAAGAUACGCAUCGAAGUUUAUUGUUUUACUAAAAAUUAUGAUAGCGAACGAGCAAGGGCUUAAAAUGAAGAAACUCCUUGUGAAAGCAAUUGUAGGAUUGGUUUAUAGAAACUGUAUAACGGCUGCAGAAGAUUUCGCGAUGGUCGAGUUCAUAAUAAAACAUUGUGGCUUCGAACCAGUAGGGAAUAUCCCGAAACAUGAGCUCACAGAUUUGCACGAUACGUGUAAGAGUUCUUUAGUGUUGAUGUGCAAUACUGUGACCAGCGUAAGAACCCCUCUGCGUAAUUUACUCCUCAACGCUUUGACGGUUGAAGAGUUCACUCCUUCCAUGUCGACCGUCAGCCAUUGCUUGACGUCUUUACUCCAGAAUAAUUCAGAUGUAAUUGUUGAAGAUCAAAACGAGAAACCUGUUGAGCUAAAAUGCUCUCCAGACCUUGUUUUCAUUAGAUGCAUUACCCAUAUAGCUGUCCCUGAGGAGAUCGAAAGGAACAGGAACUUAUUGUUGUUUUUGGAGGAAUAUUCAGGCGAUGUUCAUAAGAAUUUAAAGAACUCCUGGACUGUUGAGAUUCAGAGGCUGUUAAAGUUUGUAGAAAAGAACGAAUCUCAAGAUCAAUGGCAUGGGAUGUUGCUUGAUCUCCUGGUGUCAGCAGUGGAACAGGUGAACAACAAUAAGUGGGUAGAAACGAUUGCCACUUUACUAUCCCAACAGAUCAACGGGAAAAAGCAGGCAAAUAUGAUUAAAGGAGUAUCUCUUCAGUAUUUAGCUAUUCUUUCCUGCCACAUGUCUAAUGCUGCUGUUGUGGAAAAAGUGCUAAAACUGAUUCUGCAUCAGUUGAGAUCAAUACCAAUGGAGAUUUCUGAUUAUGUCAGUGAAGCCAUAGGUAUAGCUUCAAGGCAACAUGGAGAAUUCGUUUUAAACGAGCUAGAUGCAGCUUACAAGGAUAACGAAGCUAGAAGGAGCAGCAAAUUGCUUAAUUUCUUAUCAUCAAGAGCGUCUAGAAGCGACGUUGAGCUUGGCAUUGUUAAAUACACCAUUAUUAUUUGCUACGGAAAAGUAGCUCAUAAUUGCUUGGAUGUUCACGUUUUAGCAAGACUCGGGGAGAAUGUUACGGCGAUUCUCUAUGAAAUUUUGAAGUCUAAUCCACAGUUUGACUUAUGUAAAGCCAGCAUAACUACGCUAUACGAAAUAAGCAAAGCAUUAUAUCCAGCGUCACACCAUAAUAUCACUUUAAGGAACCGAUGGCAGUUGCUUAACGCAGUUUUAGAGCAGAUCUACAACUCAAACCUAGAAAAACGUAACGUGGAACUGUAUCCAAUGAUUGUCAAAGCUUCUAAAGCAUUAACUAAACUACAAAAAGGGAUACUACCUGAAGAAAGAAACACGAUUCUCCGCAUUUUAUUCAACAGCGUCUUCGGAGAACUUUCCUCAUAUAAAAGGAAAUAUGAAAUGGAAGGGAAUGGUGAUAGAAACGAUCUAUUAGCUAAAACUUUAAAUGACAGCUUGUCAUUGCUACAUAGACUGAUUCAAGAACUGAUCAUACAGUCCACUUGCCUUAGCACGAUUGAUGAUUUGAUCGGAUUGCUACUCGAAUGGCUUCGACAUGAAAACGAUGAAAUCAGAACUGCAUCAAUAUUGAUAUUACAAGUCAUGUUCGACACUUUCAUCAAAAAUGUUAAACUCAACUAUGAAACUCCAAGCAAAUUUGGGCAAAUGGGUUAUCUACUUGGACUCAUCGUCCCAGGAAUCGCCGAUACAAAUUUCCCAGUCAGACUGACCACAAUAGAUUGCAUAAAACUAAUCAUACAAAUCCAAGACUUAUACGAAGGCCAUACAAUAGAACCUAACGAUGAAUGCAUGGCCGAUUUAGCCGAAAUGCAAAAGAAUGUCCUCACGAAUGAUUUAGGAAUGAUAAAUGAUUACUGCAUGGUGUUAUGUGACGUUAUAUCUCCUAAAAUACCUCAUCAUCAUACAAUGCAGUUUGUUGAAAGUUUGCUAGAAGGUUAUGAUGACCAGGAGUUAAGAAGCGAGGGUAUUAGUGCGGUUUUAGACGCCCUGUUUAUUAAAAGAGGUCAGGAUUUGUUCCAAUGUAUAGAGAGGAUAGUGGAAGUGGUGUUGGGGACUAUGGAUCGGGUGGGCGAGGUGUCGAGAGAGAAACUGAUGGCGCCGCUGCUGUCGUUGUCGGGGCAUCAUACUAAUGCGGUUACUGCUAUGUUGUUGGCGCAGAGGCUGCCUUUUAAAGAAUCGGUAGUCAGUUGCUGGCGCCAUCUAGCGCGAGACGAAGGCUUAGCGAACGCCAUCGUGGACAACUUCCUGCGUCUCAUGGGAUCUAUAGAGUUGUACGAAGACCCGUAUCAUAUCACGGAGAACCAUAUCGCGGCGUUACAGCCUUUGACUCUAAUAAGCGCCCUCGGAGAGAUGCUUCAAGAGGAGUCCAUGAACCCAAUCUGCGAGUCCAAAUUCACGGACCUUUUCGCUGUGCUCUACACAACAUUAGCCUGUUACAUAGAGGCCGAGCCUCCCGCCUACGCACCGGCUCAGAACAAGUCCCAAGAACGCUUUGGGUUCAUCCCGAAUAGAGAUUCCAUUAGGCUGUCGCCUGCGAAGAUCACUAUUAACACGUUUAAUGCAUUUUUAGACAGAUCGGGGUGUUCUAAGGUGAAAGAAGCCUGUUCUCUCUGUCUAAGCGUCGAGCACGGCGACCCCAGCACGACCAUCCUAGAACUAGCCCCCAUACUAAGUUCGUCCAUCGCUCGCUGCAAGCCGGCUUUAUUACCCAAACUAGUAUCUCGAGUGGCUGUACAUGCAAGGAGCGCUUUACCUCCUCAAAGAGCCGCGGCGCACGCUGCCGCUCAUGCUGCGCUCACUUACAGAUGCAACGACAACCCAGUCCUCAUAGAAACCGUGCUCGCCAUCUUAAGCAUCGGUUGGAAGGACGAGCACCCGCGGGUGCGCGCCACGUGCCUGCGCGGCGCGGCGGGCGUGGCGCGGCUGCGGCCCGGGCACCGCGCGCAGGCGCUGCCCGGCGCGCUGUCCGCGCUGAGCCAGGGGAUCGACGCGCCAGUUACACAAAAAUCAACAGAAAACGUGCCUCUAGCGGCCAUUCAAGGCCUAAGCCGCCUGCUCCUCGACCUAGACAAACUCGACAAAGAACACGAUCGGGAACUCCUCUCUAUCUCCCAGAAAAUACGACCAUUCAUGAACACAGAGUCCGGACAGCUUCGAGAGAGUUCUAUUAGGCUGUUCGGUAUUAUAGCAGGGCUGGUUAAGGGCGAGCUGGUCGAGCAGGCCGUGAGCUCGCUGCCUUGUUUCCUGCUGCAUUUGUGUGAUAACAACCCGGCUGUAGUGAGAGCAAGCAAAUUCACCCUCAAGCAGAUAUUUAAGAUCUUCAACGUAAAGAAAUCCAACGAUCUCAUCCAAACGCACCUAUUAGACGAAGGCCGACUGUAUCUCGACGAGUUUCUAUCGGCGUUGCUGCGCCAGUUGGCGGACGAGAUGCCAAGCAGUGUGGCCAAGUGUAUACAGAGUAGUGUCAACUAUUUACACUGUGCGAGAGAGGAGAUGAAGCCUCACCCGCCGUUAUUGAUAGGGCUCCUGUACGCGGAGCUCCACCGCAUAUCGGAGCAGCACCCGGACGCCGCGGAGCUGGACGCGGGCGUGGCGGCCGCCGCCAGGAGCCGCCUGCUGGCGCUCAUCAAGGACGCCAACCCCAUCGUGCGGCAGAACUCCGCCAUGGCCCUCGCUAACAUAUGUCUGGUGGAGGCCAGCGAUUGACCCGCACCGAUAUAUUUGUACAAGGGUAUUUUGUUUAACAAACGAUUUUAAACACAUGUUUACUGUUAUAAUAAGUAAAAACAAAAUGCUAUCCUGUUCAUAAUAAAUAGUAUGGAGUUCGCGAACAUUUGUCUGACCCUCGUCGCGGGAUAGUUCUUGUGUCAAAAAUUUUGCUUUCUGAUAAAAUUUAUUAAAAUUUCUGUGUUAAAAUUUACUUCUUAGUUUCGUAAGUCUCGUCUCCUGUUUGUCAUCAAUGACACUGAUCCAAUAGGCCGACAGUACGCUGCCUUGGCCCUGGGCUAAUAUAUGUCUGGUUGAGGUGAUCGAUUGACCCGCGCCGAUAUAUUAUUACAAGGGUGUUCAGUACAAGAAACUGUUGUAAACGCUGCUGUUGAUUCUUGUCACUGUAGACACAAUCAAAAUGUUUCCUCGAUCAAGAAAUAACUUCAUUCUGAACUCUGUAUUAAACGCGAAUAUUUGUCAAAAAUAUGUAAAAAACUUCAGUUUCUGACACAAUGUAUUGAACUGCUGUAUCAAAAUUUACUUCUAAACGUCUUAUAAUAAGAUUCGUCGCCCGACCCUCAUCCUUUUUUUCUCUGAAAAUAUGUUUGCGGUUUCGUCUAAUUUCCAUGGCUCUUUUCAUACAUUUUGCAAUUAUAAGACUUCGACCACGCUAAGUUUGCACCCGCUCCUACUGUUGACACUGUAAAUGUGGUUGCCUUACCACUCUUCAGACGAGGAGAGAUGCAAAUUUAAGAGGAGAUUGCAAUCCAGCGGAGCAAUUCAUAUCUCUCUCCUCCCCUCGUCUCCGCCUCAGUGGGAAGGCAACCUACGGCCACACAACAUCUCAUAUAAACUUGGCGGUCGACUACGUUGUGUCUAAGCAGAUGGAUUACUGGAAGUGCAUUAAAGUUAUAAGUUAUUACAAAUAUACAGAUUAAUUUUGUAUCAAGCAAAAAUGUCUGUGAACGAUGCUAUUAAGCAAACAAAUUAAAAUUAAUGUAUUAUGUGAUUGACGUUACUGGUGCAUUUCAAAUAUGACUUGGAAUUCCAGUAACCGUUUAAGAAGUGUAAAACUUACGGAUAGAUGUCGCUAGGGGCUCAUAUAUAUUGGAAAUAUUCGCUGUAUUGGGUACGGUCUUGGUAGCUCAGAUGGCAGAGCGCGGGCUAGCGAUCUAGUGGUCGUGGGUUCAAGUCCCACCCAAGGUAGUAAAUUUUUCCUCUUUUAAUUUGUUUCUAAGCUGAGAUAUGCAGAUUAACUGUCUCGCUUAACGUAGAGUAAAUUUUAAAAUGUUCAUAAGGGUAUAUAGAUAUUAUUUUUAUUCUUAGAAUACAGCUUACUGCAGAAUUGAAUGAAAUUGGGGUUAAAUGUUAUUUUAGGUCAAAAACCAGUCAUAUUAUAAUUUUACCAGUUUUUAUGGAUAUUUAUAUAGUCAGAAAUGUAGAUUUUUUUUUGUAUAGUUAUUGCGGUUUUUUCUGGACUGUAUACAAUUAUAUGAGCUUACGCGUUUAAAGUGUUUCGUCUUUUUAAAUAUCUAAACGUUGAAGUUGAAAUUGUAAUUAUUUUUAUGAAUUGAUUAUUAGAGUUGUAAGAUUAUUUAUUUUUUAUUCGCAAACUGCACUAUUACGUAAAUAUGAAUAUUAAAAUGUAAGAGACUGAAAUUGUUAAAAAAAAAGAAAUAAAUAUGUUACUUAACUGUUGUGUUACCUUAUUAUUAACUAUUAUAUCUUAUAACUUAUAAUAGUUAUUAAGAUGCAUUAUGCUUAUAGAUAACGUAUAUUUAUAGUGAACGCUAUUUGAAUGUGAUAUCUUUUUAAAUACGUCUGAGAAAUAAGAAUGCCUAGAGUGCUCACUCCAUACAUUGAUAAAAACUAAAUAAGAUGUAAACUUGAUGGUAUUAACUUUUAGGGCGAAGAUAAAACUUAUUAAUACGUUUUACCAUACCUCCCAUACAACUUAUUAGGUAUUUAUUAAGUAAGAAAACUGGCAUUCUAAGCGCACUUUUUUCUCUAUGGUAUUACGGGAUCUCGGGAUUUUUGAACUAAUUUUUACCCUUGAGAAGUUACCCUUGCCCUUACCCUUAAGCAAGCAUAGAGUGCUCACGCUUAUUAUUUUCGUAGUCGACAUCUAGCGUCAAGUCGCGCAUUUAUUAAUACUGCUACUUGACAAUAGAUGUCGCGACGAACGAAAAGACUAAUGCUCAACAAUUUUCAGCUAAUAUUGUAACUGAAACUCUUUUUUCAACUCCUUCUGCUUGUAAUAUUAGCUGUAAAUUGUUGAGCAAUACAUUUUCGCCAGUCGCGACAGCGACAGUCGUGACAUCUAGUGUCAAGUAGCGGUACUGAGAAAUCCGCUACUUGACGCUAGAUGUCGACUACGAAAAUAAUAAGCUUUUUGGUAAGAAAACUGAUGUAUGCACUAUGCUUACUUAUUUCUCUAGGCGUUUACCAUAGAAGAGUUACAUAAAUUGACUAAGUCCCACAGUAAGCUCAAUAAGGCUUGUGUUGAGGGUACUUAGACAACGAUAUAUAUAAUAUAAAAAUACUUAAAGCCAUGACUCAGGAACAAAUAUCCAUGCUCAUCACACGAAUAAAUGCCCUUACCAGGAUUUGAACCUGGGACCUUCAUAGGCAGGGUCACUACCCACUAGGCCAGAGCGGUCGUCAAAAACCCUUUUUACUAUAACAAGUUAGGGGUAGGCGGUUAUUUUUAACCUUUUCGACGCCGAGUCAAACACAAAAGCUAUCACUCGGAUGCUACGUUACCGAAGUGUCAAAACUGAAAUUGAACUUUAUGCACAUGCACGUAGGUCUAUGUUGCUCUGUGGUCCGUGACGGGUGAAUCGGCGUAUUACGGUGCGGAUAUAUCCGUCAUUGGCGUCAAAAAGGUUAAGUUUUGCAAAUGAAACUGAUAUCUUUGUCACUUUAUAUUAUUCCAAAGUAAACUUAUCUUCAAAUGCAAUUUACAAAAUCCACAUAUGCCAAAUGUAAAUUAAAAUACCUAAUUACAAUGCGAUUCAAUUAUAAAAUGAGAGUACAAUGUAUUAGAUUUGCUAGAGAAAAGUUAAAUAAGGGCGUCUCUUCCGAUUGUCGUAUAAAAGAAAGAGACGCAUUUAUUUGUAAACACAUUGCUUUUCAUAACAAGAACGAAUGUUGAAAAUGUAUAUUAAAAUAGGAUAACAGUGUUUUCAAUUAUAUGGUUAUUUUAUGUAAUAAUGUCGAAGUCUAGUCAAAGGUCCCACUUUGUCGAUUACCAUAAGGACGAGAUUUGCUUGUAUCAUUAUACGAAUAACCUGCCAAUGGGUCCUUAUGGCAAGCGACAAAGUGCGACUUUUUCCUUGGAAACGACACAAAUAUGCUUCUAAUUUAUAUACAUACUAUAAAAAACCGAUAUUCGAUUUUUCUUUUUAUCAGUAUAGUCCGAUAUUGGGCCAAUAUUUUAAGAUGAUUCAUCUAUUACUAUCACUUAUAUGUAUUGUGGUAUUAAGUUUGACAAUAAAGCAUCCUGUUCA